UUCUCUGAGUCAGCCGGUCGAUCGCUCGCUGCUGUCCGUUCUGAAGAUGGAGGAAGCAGGCGAAGGGAAUCACUAUUGCUGCGCGUCUAUCGCACUGCGGUGGAUACACAGUGUUUAGUCGCUGUCUGGACCUCCAUAUCAGGUGAGAUGGAUGUGUGUCACCCCGUCCAUUGCUAAAGGUCCAGGACGCGUCCGGAUCAGGGUGCGAAUUAAGGGGUUGUUUGACCCCACCUAUUAAAGGGUUGAACCCCUCAAAACAGGUUAAAGAAAAAGGUGUGGGGCCUGAAAGUGUUUGUUCUUUUUACAUUUCUGCCCCCUGAAUAUGGACAUGGAGGCAUCGAAUGGCUAUAUUGCAAGUAACGGCGACUGCUCUCCCAGGAAGGAGAACUCGAGAAUGCUGGUGGACCUGUCGACCAGCACACCCAAUGGCCAACAUUCCCAAAGUCCUAAUUCCCCUGCUGCACGCACAAUCAAACAGGAGGAAGGUACUGAGGAGGAGACAGAGAGAAGGCCGGAUGAGGCGGGUCACAGCGGUGAAGAAGGCUCUGGAUUGGAGGAGCCCAUGAUUGACAGCCCAAAUAACUUACAAGAUGCUGGGCCAGGAACAGAAGUGCAAAGUGAGACGGGGAUAAGACUGCCAAAUGGUAAAUAUAAUGGUGACCGGCCGUUCCAGUGUAACCAGUGUGGGGUUUCAUUCACUCAAAAGGGCAACCUACUGAGACACAUCAAACUCCACACGGCAGAGAAGCCUUUCAAAUGCCCGUUCUGCAGCUACGCUUGCCGCCGCCGUGAUGCACUGAGCGGACAUCUGCGCACACACUCAGUGGGCAAACCACACAAGUGUAACUACUGUGGGCGGAGCUACAAGCAGCGCACGUCAUUGGAGGAGCACAAAGAACGGUGUCAUAAUUACUUGCAGAGCGUCGGCAUGAACUCCACCUCCAAUCCUGGCCUGUAUCCAGGGGAGGUACCAAAGGAGCAGAGGCCGCUGGAGUCAGCUGGGAUGGCUGCUUUCGACCGGCCUCCUGUAAUUGAAAGACUGCAGGGGAAUGUGGGUAAACGGAAGAGCACCACGCCACAGAAGUUUGUGGGUGAUAAAAUGGUUCGCUAUUCGUACCCCGAGCUGAGCUAUGAGAUGGGCCCCAAGUAUGAGAAGGAAGCUGAGAUGAUGCAUGCCCAAUUGAUGGACCACUCCAUUAGCAAUGCGAUCAACUACUUGGGCUCCGACUCCUUGAGGCCUAUGGUCCAUCACCCAUCCCUCUCCAUGGCUGAAGUGCUGCCUAUGGUGAACCCGCUCUUCCAUCCGAUGUACCCGCUUGGCCCACGCAUGGACCGUCCCAGCAGUCGAGAGGCUCCUCCGUUGCCCCACCCGAACCCAGAGUUCCCACACCCAACCAAUGGCGCGAUCCCCUUGCUCAGGCCCAAGAAUCCUCAAUCGGCCCGAGACGGGUCCCCGUGCAACAGUGGACAGGAUUCGGCCGAUUCGGCACGGAGCAGCCCCCGGGACAAGCUCAGCGGCGCCGGGCCCAGGACAAGAUCCAGCCCGGGUUUUGGCCGGGCAGAGGAAGGCAGGGUGAUUGAUGCCGGCCGCGUGGCCGCCAGGGACAGCAUCCGCAUCUUCAGCCGUGAAGGCCAGGAGCUGAGGGUGUUCCAGUGCGAACACUGCCGCAUCCUGUUCCUGGACCACGUCAUGUACACCAUCCACAUGGGUUGCCACGGUUACAGAGACCCACUCGAGUGCAACAUCUGUGGCCACUGCAGCAAAGAUCGCUACGAGUUCUCCUCUCACAUCGUCCGCGGAGAACACACCUUUCGUUAAGAAUCCCACGCAUUCUCGCAGUCAGUUUACUGCAGACGGCAUUAGUUUACUGACGAAGCAUUACGUGAGCACCAAUCGGCAGAUAUAUGAAGGUUUGGGUCCAAUAGAAAGUUUUCAUUUUGGAGCUGUUUGAAGAUUUUUGUUCUGGGUGAGGGGAUGAAUUUGUUUAUGUUGUGAACGUUUCGUUUUAAAGUUCUUUUUCAUUUUUUCACCCCACACAGAGUUUAUUGUUGUAUAUGUGCUGAAACUUCCAACAGAGCAGCUAAAUGUUAUCUAAAUUUGUGGAGUUCUUUCUCUUUUUUUGUCAUCUGUAUUACCUCGAUGCAUGCUGUCAUUCUUGUUUCAUGGACCUUGAUCAAUAUUACAGGUAAACCGAGCAAGCAGAGGACCACUGGAGAACUAGACUGCUUAGUUUUGCAUACAAAAAAAAAGACUUUAAUUCAUAGCUUCUUGCUGCUGUGGCUUCUUAGUGCCUUGCUGAUGUUUUGAACGAUUUUGUGUUUUGUAUCGUUUUAGCAUCGUUUCUCAUCACUCGCUCCCUUUCAAUGAAGUUCCGGGGCGUAUGAGCUUGCUAAUGUCCUCAUAUCGGUGCUAUUCGAGUUUCACAAAAGCAGUCCUGUAGGGUGGCACAAAUCUUUCGGACACAUUUUAAUGAAGUGUUGAUGACAAUCCCCCAUGUGUCUCGUGGAUUUUAACAGGAGACAGUGAUACUUUUGCCAUGCUAAAGACCGAUGAGUUUUCCACGCUGUGUUUUGCUGCUGUUGCACACUUCCUAUCAUCUCUUGCGUUCUUAUGCACUUCGCUGAAAACAGCACUGCAACAUGCCUUUAUAAACCUGUUUUUGCACUAUUAGCUUGAGGCCUUGGGCGAAAAUAUGCUAUUUCCAUGCUAUUGAUAAAGCGAACAAAGGUCAGUGUGCCGUUUAGCUAGUAUAUUGUCAUCUGUGAUUCAACAGGGAACAAGUCUGCACCUAUAUUACCAUGCUUUAAUAACAGGGUUGCCAUACUUUGAUUGAAAUCUGUUAAUUUCAUUCAGCCUUAAGACCAAAUGCCUCAUUAUUAAUGCCUCAUUAAAUCAAACUCCUCUGACUGUCUUGAGUGUUACAGCACAAACUCAAAAAAGAGUUUAGAUUUAUUUUCUUUUUCAGUCAACAAAUGUAGUUUUCUUGGCCCCACACAUGGACCUAUGUAUUUGUUAUUGAGCUUUCUAAGAGCUGAGAUCUGAAAUAUGCACAUAUAUGCACUGCAUAUGCAUUUUUGGUUUGACUCUAGUUAGCUAAUACAUUUUAUCAUUUUUUUGGACGCAGUGAAAAAAAAAUAAAUAACCGUUGCACAGUGAUAAUUGACAAAAGAAUCUGCCUGGUAACAGAACAAGGCAGAUCUUUUAAUAAAACAACAGCUUUUUAUAGAUGUUAGAAGAUUGUCGUCGAAAUUUCAUCGCUAACCCGGACUGCACAAGAGCUUUAGAAGAUAAAACGCGGUUUAUUAAUCAGACAAUGUUUAACCCCCUCAAACCCUUAACAGUUUUCCCAUACUUGAUGCAGAGACUUAUUUCUCAUUGUUUUCAGAGCAUUGAAAUCGGUCGUAAAAAUGUAGACAGUUUUGAAUGUUCACGUAGCCGUUUAUUCUCCCUUCCUAUUUCUCUUCCCUUCUUUCAUUAUUUUUUCUGUAUUCAAUGUUGUUGAAUAUUUACAUCAAGCAUUCUGUAGCACAACCAUAAAUCCAGCUUUAAUCGAUGUGUAUGGCUUAAAGUGUACAACCGCAGCCUUCACGACGUUCAGAACCUCCCUUGCACAUUUGUUGGGCUUUUAUGUCAGCGCUAAAAGAGCCUUACAUCACUAUCAGACUUUGUUGUACCUAUUGUUUUUUAAAGCUUUGCUUUUGUCUUUUCUGCUUUGAGAAAAACUCCAAAAAACUGUGAAUAUGCCCUUUAAACGUUAUGAGGAAAAAGACUUAAAAGGCA